UCUAAUUUAUUUUCUUUUAAGAUAACUAGUGCUAUCUUAUCCCCCACAAUCUUAAAGAUAUAUCUUUAAGGAAUGGUUGCUGAAGGCAUUUUAGUUUGAAUCUAGAAGCGUAGCGGAUAACAUAGACUUUUUACUCCAAAUAUGGAAUUACUAAGUUCAGAGGAAUGCCUUCUGAUAGCUCAGAGAACUCUUUCAGUUGUCGAAGAACACAAUGUGAUACUUAUAAACUCACACGUGGAUGCAGGCUCCAAGGAUCUCAUGGGAUAUAUGGGAGAAUACUACAAAUUGCAUUUGGAAGCGGAGGUUAAAGGUGACAAGAAAAAAUAUUUCCUUAACUAUUUUAUUAAAAGCCUGCCCCGCAAAAAUGAGCCACAAAGAGAGGAAUGCGAACGCAAGGGAGUUUUUCAAAAGGAGUCUGCUCUAUAUAGCCAGUUAUUACCUAAGAUUCAAAAAUAUGCCACUAAGAAGCUUUAUCCAAAAUGUUACUACAGUCGGAAUGAUAUCCUAGUGCUAGAAGAUCUUACCCAGGACUACAGACAUCUUAGAGCCAAUGAAUACUAUACCUUAGAUCAUUAUAAGAUCGUUUUGGAACACCUAUCUGAAUUACAUGCAGCUAGUAUCGCUUGGGAAGAAAAGGAAAAUGUACAGAUUUACGAAAGUUACAAACAUGUGCUCAUUGAGUUACAUUUGGAUGCAAAUAACUCGUGGUACAUAACUGGACUUAAGGCAAUCGUUUUUUUAGCGGCACGUAAUCCGCAUUUUCAGACAAUGAAAGCUCAGCUCUUUAUUCAAGAAAAACUCUACAAUCUUCUAACCAAAGCUGAAGAACUGGUCGCUCCCUCGAAGACUAUAAGAAAUGUACUCUGCCAUCGGGACACUUGGGAUCGUAAUAUUCUGUACCAUUUCAACAACAAAUCUUCAGAAUUACCCAAUGCCUGCUGCAUUGUCGAUUUUCAACUCACCCAGUACUGUUCUCCCACCUUAGAUGUUUUAUUCCUACUCUAUAUUGUAGCCCCCGCUGAAGUCAGAAGGGUGAUUUAUGAUGAGUGUCUCGAGCACUAUUAUAAGAAUUUACAGCAUCACCUGGGUCGUCUGGGCUUGGACAAGAAUCUCAUAACAGAAAAUAACUUUAGAAAAGAGUGCCAAAGAACGCGAUUGGCUGCCCUUGUUAUUUGGGCUCUCACCGAGCCUCAGACCAAAAUGUCACCCUGUAUUUCAAAUAGAUUACGAUCCGAAGAACCGGAGAAGUUUGACUAUUACCUCAACUGCGAUCGGAGUGAAUUAUUACUCAGGGUAAUCGAGAUUCAACCUGGUUACGAGGAGACCAUUAUGACGCCUAUCAGGGAACUGGUGGAUUACCUCAUGGAGAAUGAGAAUUUAUAUACUUAGAUGGUAGAUAACAUU